GAGUAAUAGUCUGACGGCGCACUGUCAGCUUAGCUUCUUACGCAGUGUCCAGUAUUAGCCGUCGGCCGAGGGCUAUCUAUGCGGUCCAUCAUGUUUGAUCACGAUGGACGCAUACUUCCCUCAUCUUGGCCGCGCUGUCAAUGCGUUUCUUUGCCAUUCGUGCGCUUGGCUCUUCAGGGCAUGGAGCGCCAGGCGCGUCCGCUCGAAAAGAAACCUGUUGAUCGCGAGCGCCUGUUUUAUAUAUCUGUUUUUUAUCUUCACUCGCGCGGAAGAUGUUUUGCAACGGAACAAGACAGCUGCAAAUCUACAUUUGAAAAAAACACCUGGCGCACAGUGGCCAAAUGUCGCAGUCCAUCCAGAAUUGGAUCGCAACCCACCUGAGGAAAUCUAUUUGGAGCACAACGGUACAAGCAUACAGCCCAACGUCGUGUACAUAACCCUGAAGUCCAAAAGGAGUAAACCUGCCAAUAUCAGAGGAACAGUGAGGCCGAAGUUCAGGAAGAAGCGCACGCUUAAAAAUGUACAAAGGGGCGCCCAAAUGCCGGGGAACCCCGAUUUUUUGGCGCAGGACCCGGGAACUCAGAAACAGUUUACCAAAGGAGGAAGGGAUGUGCCAGCAAGGAUUAAAAAAGUGGCCACCCACCCCGGUGGGCAGAGAGAAGCACAGGAGAGUAACAUAAGGAUUUACAGCGAGAGCCCACCGCCCUGGUUAAGCAGAGAAGACUUUAGCGCGCUGAGGUUUUUAGCGGACGGCAACAUCGCGCAAGUCCGACACCUUCCAUUUACCCAGCGGUCGCAUCUGCGCCUGUUUGACUCCGAGCCUUCAGACCAAAGCAGCACAGAGAGAUCGGGCACAACAGUCUGCCGAGGGCGUUGCGGUCUCAUUAAAAGUCCAAUGGAUAUGAGCGAAGUGUUUGCUUUUCACUUGGAUCGGAUAUUAGGGCUGAACCGGACCCUCCCGGCUGUUAGCAGACGUUUCAGCUUCCUUCAAGGUGGUCAUCCUUGUCCUACAAUUCUAUGGGACUCCUCUCUUUUGCCAGCAGACAAUGAAGAGCAGUCCACAGUAAGACUGACCUGGAAAACGUACCAGAACUCUCUUAAACAGAAAUGUUGGCAUCGUGGCAUAGUGCCUAAAGCGGAAUGGGGAUGUGCAGACGUACAUCACUACGAAUGGAGCAAACUGACUCUCUUUGACUUCUUGCUGCAGAUUUACAAUCGCCUAGACAGGAACUGUUGUGGGUUUAAACCACGGAAGGAAGAUUCCUGUGUUGAGAAUCUCCGGAACCUGAACUGUAGCAGUCAGGAUGAUAUUAAACUUGUUCAUAUCAUCCAGAGGAGUCUUGAUCCUAGGCAUCUGGUUUUUAUUGAUAAUAAAGGUUAUUUUGACAGAGAUGAAGAUAAUCUCGAUUUUAAAUUGCUGGAAGGAAUUAAAGAAUUUCCUGAUUCUGCGGUUUCCGUGCUGAAGGGUCAGACCUUACGCCAGAAGCUCCUGCAGUCGUUGUUCCUUGAUAAGGUUUACUGGGAAAGCCAGGGGGGGCGCCAAGGAAUCGAGAGGUUAAUUGAUGUUAUCGAAAGAAGAGCAAAGAUUCUCCUCACUUACAUUAAUGCUCAUGGGAUUAAAGUGAUACCAAUGAAUGAAUAACUGAAAAGACACCGUUCUGGAAAUCACUUCUCAAUUUGUACUGGAGUCCCAUCUGGCGUUUGCUUCCAUCUUGCACUCAGUGCCACUGGGAUAGACUCUGGGCCAGUGACCAUGUGUUAGAUAAUUCAGGUUUGAUGGCAGAUGUAUGGACUUUCUCUUUUCACAUAAGGAAUUAUCAACAUCACUUUCAUGUAGCAGCCAGUGCCAUUUUCAAUACUGCACUGAUUGAACAUUGCAAGAUCUUAAUCGGGAGGAAUAUAUACAGUAAAGCACUUGUAUUAAAAAAUUGUAAAAUUGCACUCUGAACUUUACUUACAUUAUUAAAAUAAUAUGUUUUUAUACUUCUUUUGGGAUCUUUAACAAGCAUGUUUAUGAACAUUUGUUCUUUACAGGCUUUCUCAGCAUAUUGUGGCUGGGUGUGGGAAUGACAAGUCUUCCAAAUGACAAAAGAAAGUUUUAGGGAGCCAGCCAGGUCGUUCCUUUUAUUGUUCGCGGACAAAUGUAAAGCAAAGAAAACAGAAAUAACGCUCUAAAGUGUGCAUUCCUUAUGCAGGAAAUAAUAGGCAAUGUGACCACAAACAGUUGCCUAUGGUGGAGCUCCGUCCAGCAGUUAAUGACGCCUCCUUCCCCAACGUCUGAGACUUUAUGGCAGCUAAACUGGAAGGGCAGGCAUAAUCAGUGUCUCUGGGUGGCUUAUGGGUUGUGAGGAAAGAAGAAGGCAGGGCUAGUGGCAGUGCCCUCUCUGUUCUCAUCGGGUUACUAAAUAUGUCGACUGAGCCUGAGCCUCCGACGCACAUGUGUGACAUAACAGUUAAGUAACUGACAUGUUAAAUUAACUUAAACAGAACAUCUCUGUAUAUAUAUGAGGGACGUUCUAAAAGUUUUUCACUUUUAAAUUUUCGUUGGAAACAGUGAAGACGGGAGGAGUAGUAAUUGGUCGUGUCUGAGAGUGUC